CAGAAUGAAGUAGGAAUUACUACUAGAUUAAGAAUUAAGAAGGCACAACUUGCAGACAUAUACACAGACAAUAUUCUUAGUAAGAACUGCAAACUAGAAGAUACAGGACUCAAAUACAAUUUGGUGUAUAAAGUAAUUCUUGAAGGAAAGAAACUAGGCUUUAGCUUUCAGAAAAAUAGUGUUUAUAAAAGUAUUUUAGAAGUCUUAGAAAAUGUAGAGACAAGAAAACUUAAAGAAGAACUUUGCAUUAAAGGAUUAAACCAAAAUACAAUCAAGUACAGAAAAGCAAAGAUAUUAUCAGAUAAAAGAAAGAAGGAAUGGAUUAUAUUUGAGAACAAAAAACAGUUUGAAUAUAAAAGAGUAUACAAAAAAGAACACAAGUACAUACUUCUGAAGCAUUGGUUAGCUAAAGAGAAAAGUGGCAACUUUGACACAGUCUUAAGCAAAUGCAGAGGAAGAGAAGAAAAAAUAAGCUUAACAAGCCUGGCAUCAGCAUAUAUGAAAACUAGAGAAGUGCUUAAUAAAGAGGAAGACAUAAGUGUAAAGGAUGUAGAAAUAAAUAUUCUAAGUUUAGAGGAAGCUUUAAUUCAGAGAGUAGUCAAGAAUGAAGUAAUCCAAGAGGAGUUAAUAAAUAUUACAAGUAGAAUUAAAGAUAAGAAAGUAGUAGAAAUAUAUAUAGAUAGUAUUCCUGAUGAUUCUGUUCAAGCACAUGUAACAGUUGACAUCCAUGAUGUAUCAUCAUCAUCAAACCAAAAUUAUGCGAAUUUUCAACAUAAUGAAAGCUUAAAUGUUGAGUUCGAGAAUUACACAUUAUCAGCUAACAUCCUUCUACAACCUAUCAGUCCAGAUAAUGACCCUUACACCUUCAAACCAACCAUCACAUUUGUCGAUUGA